GAAGACGCAGCAGAAUUCCACUUCUUUCCCUUCUCCGAAGUCAACAACCCGACACCGCCGAAGCUCCUCUCUCCAUUCCUGAAACAAUGGCCGUCUGCAAAGACGACAUCGAGAUACUGAAGCCUCGUACGGAUAAGAGGGAGUACCGGCGGAUCGUCCUGAAGAACUCCCUCCAAGUCCUCCUCAUUAGCGAUCCGGAAACUGACAAGUGUGCUGCUGCUAUGGACGUCGGUGUUGGUUCCUUCUCUGAUCCUGAUGGCCUCGAAGGCCUCGCUCAUUUUCUCGAGCACAUGCUGUUCUAUGCUAGUGAGAAGUAUCCCUUGGAGGAUAGUUACUCGAAGUACAUUGCAGAGCAUGGAGGCAGAGCAAAUGCCUUCACAGCUUCUGAGAGUACCAACUUUCAUUUUGAUGUUAAUAUUGGUGGUUUUGAGGAGGCCUUGGACAGAUUUGCACAGUUCUUUAUUAAACCAUUGAUGUCAGCCGAUGCAACCACAAGGGAAAUCAAAGCAGUUGAUUCUGAGAACAAGAAGAACUUACUGUCUGAUGUUUGGAGAAUGAGUCAGCUUCAAAGGCACAUCAGUAUGGAAGGCCAUCCUUAUCAUAAGUUUAGUACAGGGAAUUGGGAUACUUUGGAGGUUAGACCUAAAGCAAAAGGAGUGGAUACAAGACAAGAGCUGCUUAAAUUCUAUGAUGAAAACUACUCUGCCAACCUUAUGCAUCUAGUCGUGUACUCAAAAGAAAGUCUUGAUAAAAUACAGAGCCUGGUAGAGGAUAAGUUUCAGGAAAUUAGGACCUCUGGUCGAAGCUUCCUCAGUUUCCCUGGUCAGCCUUGCUCAUCAGAACAUUUACAGAUUCUUGUUAGAGAAGUUCCAAUAAAAGAAGGCAACAAAUUGAGGAUUGUGUGGCCAAUAACUCCAGCAAUUCAUUAUUACAAGGAAGGGCCGUGCAGGUAUCUUGGUCAUCUUAUUGGCCAUGAAGGAGAAGGGUCUUUGUUUUACAUCUUGAAAAAACUGGGAUGGGCUACAGGAUUGUUUGCUGGUGAAGGAGAGUGGACUUUGGAGUUCUCUUUUUUUGUAGUAGUAAUUGAUCUUACAGAUGCUGGUCAUGAUCACAUGCACGAUAUAGUAGGACUGCUAUUUAAAUACAUUCAACUUUUACAGCAAUCUGGUGUUUGCAAAUGGAUAUUUGAUGAGCUUUCAGCUGUCUGUGAGACAGGCUUUCACUAUCAGGACAAAGUCCAUCCUAUUUCUUAUGUUGUAAGCAUUGCAUCAAAGAUGCGGAUGUAUCCUCCUGAAGACUGGCUUGUGAGAUCAUCAAUGCCUUCAAAUUUCAAUCAAGGCAUCAUAAAGAUGAUGCUUAAUGAGCUUUCUCCAGAUAAAGUCCGAAUCUUCUGGGAAUCAAAGAAAUUUGAAGGACUUACUGACAUGGUGGAACCAUGGUAUUGUACUGCUUAUUCCAUUGAGAAAGUCACUACAUCCAUGAUUCAGGAGUGGAUGUCACUGGCUCCUAAUGAGAAUCUGCAUCUACCAAUACCAAAUAUCUUCAUCCCAACAGAUUUAUCACUUAAAGAUCCGGAAGAAAAGAUCAAGUAUCCAGUUUUGCUUAGGAAGUCAUCCUGUUCAAGAGUGUGGUACAAGCCUGAUACGAUGUUCUCAUCUCCUAAGGCAUAUGUUAAGAUAGACUUCAACUGCCCCUAUGCUAGCAAUUCCCCUGAAGCUCAAAUUCUCACAUCAAUUUUUGCCCGGUUGGUGAUGGAUUACUUGAAUGAACAUGCUUACUAUGCCCGGGUUGCUGGCCUUCAUUACUACAUAAGCAACACUAAUAGUGGUUUUGAGUGUGGUUAUUUUUUUCUGAUAAGCUCCAUGGUUUACAGAAUCUUCUGGGAAUCAAAGAAAUUUGAAGGACUUACUGACAUGUUGGAACCAUGGUAUGGUACUGCUUAUUCCAUUGAGAAAGUCACUACAUCCAUGAUUCAGGAGUGGAUGUCAUUGGCUCCUAAUGAGAAUCUGCAUCUACCAACACCAAAUAUCUUCAUCCCAACAGAUUUAUCACUUAAAGAUCUGGAAGAAAAGACCAAGUAUCCAGUUUUGCUUAGGAAGUCAUCCCAUUCGAGAGUGUGGUACAAGCCUGAUAGGACAUUCUCCUCUCCUAAGGCAUAUGUUAAGAUAGACUUCAACUGCCCCUAUGCUAGCAAUUCCCCUGAAGCUCAAAUUCUCACAUCAAUUUUUGCCCAGUUGGUGAUGGAUUACUUGAAUGAAUGUGCUUACUAUGCCCAGGUUGCUGGCCUUCAUUACUACAUAAGCAACACUAAUAGGGGUUUUGAGGUAACAUUGGAUGGUUAUAAUCACAAACUACGGAUCCUAUUGGAGACUGUUGUUGAUAAAAUUGCAAAAUUUGAAGUAAAACCUGACAGGUUUUCUGUAAUCAAGGAACGGGUAACACAAGACUUUCAAAAUCUGAAGUUUCAGCAACCUUACGAGCAGGCCAUGUACUAUUGCUCAUUAUUAUUGGAGGACCACUCAUGGCCUUGGAUGGAAAAACUUGAAGUCCUGCCAAAUAUUAAAGCUGAAGACCUUGCCAACUUUGCUCCCAUGAUGCUCUCAAGGGGCUUCCUUGAGUGUUACAUAGCAGGUAACAUUGAACGUGCUGAGGCAAAGUCAAUGAUAGAGUAUGUUGAAGAUAUUUUCUUUAAGGGCUUAAAUCCUAUAUGUCAACCAUUAUUUCCAUCCCAGCAUCUCACAAACAGAGUUGUAAAACUUGAAAGAGGCAUAAAUUACUUCUACCCCAAGGAAGGACUAAAUCCAAGUGAUGAGAAUUCUGCCCUUCUCCACUAUAUUCAGGUUCAUCGAGAUGAUUUUAUGUUGAAUGUGAAACUUCAGCUUUUUGCUCUUAUUGCUAAGCAACCAACCUUCCAUCAACUUAGAUCUGUUGAGCAACUUGGGUACAUUACUGUUCUCCGGCAGAGGAAUGAUUUUGGAAUCCAUGGAUUGCAGUUUAUUAUCCAGUCCACUGUGAAGGGCCCAGAGCAUAUUGAUUUGAGAGUUCAGGCAUUCCUCCAGAUGUUUGAGACCCAACUUUACAAGAUGACCCAGGAUGAAUUCAAGAGCAAUGUAAAUGCAUUGAUUGAUAUGAAGCUUGAGAAGCACAAGAAUCUAAGGGAAGAAUCUAGGUUUUACUGGAGAGAAAUUGCUGAUGGAACUCUAAAAUUUGAUCGGAUAGAAGCUGAGGUUGCAGCACUAAGGCAACUUACACAACCAGAACUGAUAGACUUCUUCAAUGAGUAUAUAAAAGUCGGUGCAGCGCAGAAGAGGACCCUGAGCGUACGUGUGGUUGGGAAGGAACAUUUGGCAGAGUAUAAAGCCACGAAAAGUGAAGUGGUUCAACCGGACGAAAUUGAUGACAUAUUUAGUUUUAGAAAAUCAUUACCUCUUUAUGGAUCGUUCAGAGGAGGCGCUGGUCAUGUAAAAUUGUAGUUUCGAGAGGAGAGGGUGGAAUCAGUGUUGGAGCUUCAGCUCUUGAAAUGGAGAUAACAAACACAAACAAGCUUAGGUCACUGAAAAAGCUCAAUGUUCAGUAGUUAUCUGCACGGUACACAAGCAGUGCCAAUGAAAUUGUUUACUUUAU